AUGGAAUCCCCGACAUUACAGCCAGAGUCUCCGAUGGAGCAAGAGGAUAUGUCCUUCCCUUGUAUGGGUUGUGGAGAGAUCCUCGAGGAGGGGAAGGCCUUUGAGCUUUCUGGACAGAGAUGGCAUAUCGACUGUUUUCGAUGCAGCACCUGCAACACCCUUCUCGACUCAGACGCCCACCUCCUACUCCUCGGGGACGGUUCCUUGAUUUGUAGCAACUGUACCUACAGCUGCAAUUCAUGUGGGAACAAGAUCGAAGAUUUGGCUAUUCUCACCGGAGACCAGGCUUUCUGUGCUCAGUGCUUCCGCUGCCGGAAUUGCAAGCGAAAGAUCGAGAACUUACGAUACGCACGAACUUCACAAGGCAUAUUUUGUAUGGACUGUCAUGAGUCUCUUAUGCAACGGCGGCGGAAAAAAAAAGCAGUUGCUCAGGCCAAAAGGCCAGGCACAUCAGGAAUGAAGCUAGACAAGUCCCUGCCAUCCCUCCCUCCUAGCAUGGAAGAGACGCGCUCGAUUGACGAGACUCCAAGCGAAACCGGAUAUGUGGAAGCAGCAACAGAAGCUUUACCUGGUAGUAAAGACUCUAUGGGUCGAUCAGAGACUGCUGCCCAAGGUAUGACACCACAUUCUUCCAUUUUACAAGCAGAAACUGACCUAGUAGCUCAAGACGACCUAAUUCUUCCUUCCAGCACAUACCGCAGCAGUCGCCAUCUGGCAGCUCAGCAGCGUCAUUCGGUCGCAGAUAGUGGCAACGGUGGUGGUGAAUUCCUCAUCCCUCUCGCCUUCGAUCCUAAUGAAGGACAACGAAAUAAUCGUCGGCAGUCACAUAUUAUCCAAGAGGCUCCUCGUGACUAUUUCAGUAACGGUCGAUCUGGCGAGUCAUCGGUUAGGGCUUCUCGUGACGGAUAUGAACCUACCGGUCGUCCUUCCACUGAUACUUCUUCUGCCCACAUUGCAUACCAAGAGAGGAACUGGGACCGCACCAACGACACGGAAGCAGCACGACGCGAACUGGAGGGCACCAAUGGUUCAGAGCUCAAGAAACCGUUCUCAGAUCUUUCUAAAUUUGGAAAAGCAGAGUCUAGCCGAAGCUCCCCGUCCGAUUUACACCCAGCAUUACGAGAAACCAGCGCCUUUUCCGGCGGGUCUAGCCCUGAUAGUACUCACCCCCGAGACGAACGAAGCACACUUCUUGAUACAGCCCAUUCAUCACACCCCUCUAAUGACCUGCGCGAGUUUCAUGAGCUGGGAUCGGCGGAUUCUGCACGGGGUCCGCCCCCAUUCAAUCCAUCGAUGCACCCACCCAAGCGGGGGGGAUUCUUUGGAGAGCAAACUCCACCCCAUCCCAAGAAAGGAGGCAAUGCGUCACUUUCUGAACCCUCUCGGCCAUUGGAUAAUGCGGGCUCGCCGUCCCUACCACAGCCGAGAUACACCAGCAGCGAUUUUUCUCAAGAUGAAGAUCUGGCGCGUCUUAUUGGAGGCGGUGAUGUCGAUAGUUUCUUACGCAUGCGUUCUGGUUCAAACUCCUCUACUAAGCCCCAAGACUCGGCUGUGAAGAGCCCACGAACCAGCAAAGUGCUAAAUGUGACCGUCUCUCAAUCACCUACCAAUGGCAACACCGUUGACACAGACCUCGUCGCUAGUCCUCUCACUACCAGCUCGCAGUCUGAGGAGAUGAGCAGACUCCGCUCAGAGCUGCGCAAGGAACGCAAACGCAUCGCGGAGAUGGAACAUGCUCUUCGCGCCCAAGCUGAUGUCAAGCAAGUUAACACAGAGCUUUCUGAGAAGCGAUCAACAAUGGUUGUCCUGGACGCACGGAAGGAAAUUGUUAUGCGCGAGCUAUCAGUACUUACCGAUCACAUUGAAGCGGAAAAGCGCGGAGCGGCUGGCGGGCCUCUGGAUCUCGGAAAGCUCUCGAAUCAUGUCCUGCGCGAGCUUGCCGAGUCUAUGCAUAAUCUAAAGGAGUCCUACUCUCCGCAGAUUGAAGAGUUGAUUCAAAAACGCAAUGACCUGACUGAGGAGCUCAGCAACCUCGACCGCAUGAAGCAGAAGGCGUUCCAAGAGUUCGAGCAGCUAUCUUCGAAGAACGCCCAACUGGCCGAGCUUAACAAUCAAUUAGUGCACCAGAUCCAAGAACUUUACAAAUCCAACCAGGACAACAACCGCGGCGCUAACGGGCUUGGUAUUUCCCAUACGAAGGACAAAUCCAUCAACUCGUUGGAAGCCCUGAAACCCACUGUCAGCGAACUUGCUGCAUCUGUCUCUACGGCUCAUAUCUCAGAAGAUGGUGAACCCGCCACGGCAACUGUCGUUCCUGGUCCCCAGGUUGUCAGCAUUCGCAAGGGUCAACCUCGCAAGUUCAAUUGGAAGAAGGGCGGUCAGAACGUGGCGAAGGGCGUCAAGGGCCUUCGCGGAGCUCUUAUGGGCGAAAGUGAAGCCAGCUUGCCUCGCUCGCAAACACAGGACCCCAGUCGUCAAGGAUUUGGUUUCUUUGGAAACCAACGAAAGCAGGGAGGCAAAUUGUCGCAUGCAGACAGUGUGUCGGCGUUGGCGGAGCCUACUGGACUUUUCGGCACUGACCUCGAGGCUCGGAUGGAGAACGAGAAGAGUAUCAUUCCAUACAUUGUUACUCGGUGUAUCCAAGAAGUCGAGCUACGAGGAAUGGAUAUGGAAGGAAUCUACCGCAAGUCCGGCGCUGCCUCCUUGGUUCAGGUCAUUCGUGACGAGUUCGAGAAGACACCCUUCGAUUACGACCUCUCCGACCCCGAUCUCGAUAUUCAUGCCGUCACUUCCACUCUGAAGCAAUAUUUCCGCAAACUUCCCAACCCGCUUAUUACGUAUGAUGUUUACGAGACCAUUAUCGAUUCUCAGGAGAUGGAGCAUGCCGCCCGCGUUGACUUCAUGAUCCACCAGCUCUCCCAGCUUCCUCGCGUACACCGCGAUGUACUCGAAUUCCUCAUGUUCCAUCUGAAGCGCGUCAUCGAGCGCCAGGAAGAAAACCUAAUGACAAGUCAGAACAUUGCCGUCGUGUUCGCCCCGACCCUCAUGAGACCAGAGAGCCUUGCACGGGAGAUGACCGAUGUACAAAAGAAGAACGAGGUUCUAAAAUUCUUGGUUGAGCACACCCAGGAGAUCUUCAUGGGCUUACAACACUACCAGUAA